AUGGACUUCCAGAACCUGUGCAGUUCUGAGGAGACCUUCCUGCAGAUCUGCGGUCAGUACGGGUACGGGGGGGACCUCCAGGAGGUCGUGGAGCGGGAGUUUCCUCGGAUGAAAGGAACAACAUAUCUGGAUCACGCAGCGGCCACCCUGUACCCGGAGUCUCUGCUCCGGGACUAUUUCCGGGACAUUUCCACCAACCUGUACGGGAACCCUCACAGCCGCCACGCCAGCAGCAGUCUGACCCACGACACGGUGGAGCGGGUCAGAGACAGGGUGCUGCAGCAUUUCAACGCCUCCUCCGAGGAGUACGCCGUGAUCUUCACCUCGGGUUGCACCGCCGCCCUCAAGUUGGUGGCAGAGAGCUUUCCGUGGCGCCGGCGGACCGAGAGCGAGGCCGGGAGUUGCUUCAGCUUCCUCACCGACAGCCACACCUCUGUGGUGGGCAUGAGAGGCCUGACCUCUGCCCUGGGGGUGUCCGCCCUCCCCGUCCCCCCGCAGGAGCUGAGGAGCAGCACGAAGGGCGGCGGGCUUCAGGCGGGUGAGGACGUUUGCCAGACGCCUCACCUCUUCUGUUACCCGGCGCAGAGCAACUUUUCUGGCAGGAAGUAUCCUCUGAGCCACGUGAAAGGCAUCCAGGAGAGGAGCCUCUACCCCGCCUGUGACCUCCGGGGUCGCUGGUUCGUGCUGCUCGACGCCGCCUCCUACGUCGGCUGCUCCCCUCUGAACCUCCAGAGCUGCCCCGCUGACUUCGUCUCCAUCUCCUUCUACAAGAUGUUUGGCUUCCCCACAGGUCUGGGGGCUCUGCUGGUCCGUAACGACGCAGCAGGAAUGCUGAGGAAGUCCUACUUUGGAGGCGGCACAGCAGCAGCCUACCUUCCAGGAGAAGACUUUUAUGUGCAGGCGGAGCACGUUUCUGACAGGUUUGAAGACGGCACCGUCUCCUUCUUGGACAUAAUAGCUUUAAAUCACGGGUUUGAGUCUCUGCACAGGAUCACAGGGAACAUGCACAACAUCCAGCAGCACACGUUCGGCUUGGCUCGCUACACUUACAUGCUGCUCUCAAGCCUUUGCCAUGGCAACGGGAGCCCGGCGGCGCAGAUUUACACCGAAGGCCAGUUUGAGAGUCCAGUCACUCAGGGAGCCAUCCUGAACUUCAACCUCCUGGAUUCCAGUGGGCAGAUAAUUGGCUUUUCACAGGUAGAAAGAAUGGCCGCUUUGUUCAACGUUCACGUCCGAACCGGUUGCUUCUGCAACACCGGCGCCUGUCAGGACUUCCUGGGAAUCAGCAACGAGCAGAUGAAGAAGAACCUGCAGGCGGGUCACGUCUGUGGAGACAGCGUGGACCUGGUGGCCGGCCGGCCGACUGGAUCUGUUCGAGUGUCCUUCGGCUACAUGUCCACAUUUGAGGACUGUCAAAAGUUCCUGAACUUCGUUGUUGAGUGCUUCGUGGAGAAACCGGCCCUGGCGGACCCCAUCAGACUCCAGGAGCUUCGAGCAGGCGGCACAAAGCGAUCGCCCUCGGAGAAAAUCCUCGACGGCAGAAACCACGAAGCAGCGGAGACGAAAUCCACCGAAGGACCCCGGGAAGGACUGGGACGAAGACACCUAAAAGUCCGCGGGGACGCUCUCACGCUGACCAACAUCUACAUCUAUCCCGUCAAAUCUUGUGCUGCGUUCGAGGUCCAGGAGUGGCCCGUGGGCCGGCUGGGCCUGCUGUACGACCGAGUCUGGAUGGUGGUGAACGGACACGGCGUGUGCCUGAGCCAGAAGAGGGAGCCUCGGCUGUGCCUGAUCCGGCCUGGAGUCCACCUGGCCUCCAACAGACUGUUCCUGCGAGCCUCGGGGAUGGACGCCGUCUCGGUUCCUCUGGAAUGCGACGCUCAGCCGGCGGCGUCUCGGGCGUGUCGGAGUAAAGUCUGCGGCGACAGGGUGGACACGUUGGACUGUGGGGACGAGGCGGCGUCCUGGCUCUCGGAGUUUCUCGGACAGACGUGCCGCCUGAUAAGACAACGACCCGAUUUCACCCGUGGAACGAAGAGGAGGCCUGACGAAGCUGCCGCGGCCUCCCCCUUCCUGUCCCUGGUGAACGAGGCUCAGUAUCUGUUGAUCAGCCGCGGCAGCGUGGAGCUCCUCCGCAGCCUGAUGAGCAGCAGGCAGAACAGCAGCGAGGGCAAUCAGCUCCUUGACUCAGAGAACGUCGUUAGGCGCUUCCGUGCCAAUUUAGUCAUCGCCGGAGCAGAACCGCUGGAGGAGGAUAAUUGGUCGCACUUGAUUAUCGGCGGCUCUCGGUUCACGGUCACGGGUCAGUGUGGGAGAUGCCAGAUGAUCGGGAUAGACCAGGACACCGGGACCAGAACCAAAGAGCCGCUCCUUAGUCUGUCCGCCUGCCGGACCGGGAAGGUAACGUUUGGUGUGUACCUGACCCAUCACGGUCCAGAGGGUUCUGCUGCAGCCCGGGUUCUGUCUGUCGGUUCCCUGGUUCAGCCCGACACGCCCUCCUGGACUGAUUCUGAUGACAGCAGAGGUCCCGGGCGGCCAUCUUGAGUUGUACAGACUUUAAAAGUUCUGUUGACGUCGAUCCAAUGAUUAAUUUCUCUGUUUCAUUCAAAUCUGUCCAGUGGGUCAUGAGAUAUUUUGCUAACAGAC